CUCCCCCUGGCAACUCGGUUUCUUGCCAACAUUUCCCUUCAGCCCCUCUGCAGAGUCUUUUGGGGAGAGCCAUGGCUGGGGUGGUUGGCGGGAGGGGUCUCUCUACCUUCCUUGCCCACCUGGGGUGGGUUUCCUACCACAUCCUUCUUGCCAAUGAGUACAGCCUCUUCACUGACGCGAUACCGGGAGAGGUGGGGAAAGGAACAAAGCUCUGGGCAGCUCCCUUUGCCAAGGGCCGUGGCCUCCCCCUCCUGCCCCCCUCUCUGGGGAAUCCCAGGAGCUAGGGUGUGGUCCCUAGGAGGCCGGUGGCUCUGGGAAGGAAAGGAAACCGUCAGCGGUUCUCUUGGUUGACAUGACUAUCAGCAAAGCUGCCUUUAAGUCCCCAAAUGCCCAUCACGAAGCACCGGCCUGGCCUGGCAGGAAGGCCGAAAGGAAUCGGAUGCUGGGGAGAUGGAGAGCUCUCGAAGGCAGUUGAUGAAGGAGAACCGGCUGCCCUGGAGGACUUGUGCUGGGGGCCUGGCGUGUUUUCAGGGCUCCUGGGAAUGGUGAGAGGUUGGGCUCAGAGCUCCAGGAUGCAACCGGCAUGCCUGUUCGUCGUAAGCGUCCUCUCCUUAGCUUCAUUGAGAAUGAGCAGGGUAGACGCCUCAAGAGAUCAUCUAGCCAGUUUCCACCCAAAACAUAAAAAGAAAAUAACUGCCUCUCCGAAAGAUGCCUUGAAGGAGGAGGAGGAGGAGGAGGAGGAGGACAAAGGAUUCAGAGAGCAGAUUGUUCGAAGGGCCGUGAGGAAGUAUCCCGAAGACGCGGAAAAGCACGUGGAAGCUAGCCACCGGCAAAUCUCCAUCCCCACGGACAAAGCCGAGGGCAGCUGUCCUGAAGUGCUGGCCAAAGGGACCCUGGCAGUGAUUGUGGCCGCAUUGGCCUUCCUGGGCUUCUUCUCCACUUCGGUCCUCCUGGUGGUGGCCGUCUGCAUCUUACGGAUAAUGGAUAAGCAAAGGAAAACCGGGAAGGAAGGGAAAAACGGUUACCCUUCUUCCAGGAGGACCCUUCCUCCUAUCCCACCUCCCCGCCCAGAGCGUACGUACAUGGCCAUGAAGCCCCAGGGCUCGGAUCGCCUCCAUCCAGCCACCCCGAAUACCACAGAGGAUGCCUACCUGAGUGUCAGUGAGCUGAAUCCUGGUCCCAGGACCCGUCAGAAACUCCACUACCAGAAUGUGAGCGCGUCAUCGCCACCCAAGGCCCCCAUAGAGAAGGAGUACAUGACUCCCGACAAGGUGCAGCCCUUUUCAAGCCCUCCCUCGGUAAAGAAGUACGUGACCGUGGAAGAGCCAGGCCCUACACCUGUAACGGGAGGCUCUCCAGAGAUUGGGACGACACCUCCAGGACACGACAAUCACAUUUACGAACAAGUGGAAUAGGAGACUCAUCCCGAAGAUGGGCUUUUGCGCCGUAUGAACUUUUCCUCGGAGUCCUUGGGCUGUGAAGUGGCUCCUCUGGCAGGAACCACAGGGACCCCCCUUUCCUAUUAAACCGUGCUUUA